AUGUCGUUUUGGCCCUUUUCUAGUUCCUUCAGCAGCAGCAGUCAUUUGCAAAAGCUUCUUGACUCGACGACCGAUUUGAACAAAAUCACCGUCGAUAAUCUUUUUGAGCAUCGCACCAUUCAACUGGAAUUCAUGGAGGAGUUGAAGAGUCUCCUGGUAAAGUAUGGCAAGAAGGAUAAUCCUAAGAUCCCUCAGUUGCAGCAGCUGGAAACGGCGAUCACGAGAAGUGCAUCGAAUAACGGUAACAACGAUGACGCCUCAGUCACUUCAGCCACAGAGACGAACUCAACGGGUUCUCUAUCGAAGACAGCAAGGGAAGCUAAAUUGAUGGAAUUAAUUCUUCAGCCGCACAUCUUGAUGGGGCUUCUUGACUACAUCGAUCAGUCAGUGGAAUUUUUUCACGAGGUUGCAUUGAAGGAAACUAAGAAGCUCGAUGAAUUGGUGGAAAAAAGCGACACGGGAAAGUUGAAGGAUGAUAAUCCAUCUGAUGAAGUUAGAGAACAGAGAAUAGAGGAGGCCGACGAUAGCGAACUGGAGGAGAUACUGGAGGACACCGAAGGUGAACAGAAUGACGAGCGUCUACGUCGGUGUAUACAAGGUGCCACAGAUGUUCUCUCAACAGACUUCUGGGUGGUCUCCAACAGGAUUAUAGAGACCCCCAGUCUCAUGCAUAAGUUGUGGCUGAUCAUUUCCUUGCCGCAUCUCACUGAGAGCUCUCCCGCCGUGGGCUACUUGGUGCUGGUAUUGGAUCACUUCUUGGACUUCAACACCGUUGAGUUCCUUAAUUUCAUCCGGAAACAAGGUGAUUUAGUUGACACUUUUUUGGCUAAGUUAGAGAUCCCUAUCUUGAUGGACUUUUUCAUCAAGAUCAUCCAGACGGAUAGAGCCGAGUCACCCACGGGGAUUAUUGAAGUCCUCUCUCAACAACGGCUAAUCCUGAAACUCGUUGAUAUAUUGAAGCCCAUUCCCUCUCAGUUCGAAAGCGACACCCUUUGCAUUCCUAAUUAUCAGCAUCUCUUUAGGCAAACUGCCGCUGCUGAGUUCAUCAAGGCUCUUAUCUCGAUUUCGUCAAACUCAACCCUCGCAGUGGAUAUAGAGUCAAACAUUGGGCCAAAUCAGUUGACGCGUGAGUUGGCGUCGCCAAAAAUCAUCAAUCAAAUGAUACAUGAUAUAAUCUUAUAUCGAACUCCAGGUAAGAAUCUGUCUGACCUUCCUCGCACCAACAAAAGUGGCAUCAGUAACUGCGUGACAAUACUCAUAGAGCUCAUAAGAAAGAACAACUCGGACUAUGACCUUAAUUGUGGGACAUACAGUUCACUUCUUCAGAACAACAACGGGGAGCAGACGGGGGAAGUCAGCGUUUACGUGAUGUAUCAAUGGCUCAAAGAUUUCGAUCAAAACCCCCCUGGACCCAGGGAUCCGGUAUUCCUUGGUGAUAUGCUCCGGUUGUUCUCUGAUAAUAUGGAGGCUAUCUCCGAGCUCAUCGAUCUAGAUGCUAGUGUACCCGCCGCGGCUGCGAGAGGUGCAGAAGCUUUGGGUGUAACAAAGUUCAAGUUGUUUGAGCUCAUCGCUGAGCUUUUGCAUUGCUCAAAUAUGAUUCUUAUCAACUCGCGAAAGAUUGCGUAUGUCAUCAAAAUUCGAGAUCAAGUACGUCUUUUGCAAGAGUCUCGCCUCAAAGCUGCUUUAAACAGCUCUAUUUUUGACAGCAAUUUACCAUCCAGUCCGGAUAAAGAACAUAUUGGAGAUGUUACAUCUGGUAUCGAUGAUGUGUCUUUACAUGAUUUGUCUCCAGAUGAAGCGCGUAAGAAGAUGGGAAGGGCCACUUUUGGCGACUCUGCGCUCAACCUUUUAACGAAGCAAACAUUAGACAAGCUCAAUGAGACAGAAUUUGUGGAGCUGGACGAUGAAGAGCCCACAGUAUCUCAAGAGUAUCCAUUUGUCUGCAAAGAAAGAGACGAACAAUUUAGAGAGAACCCUUGCAUUGGAGAUUACUUUAAGAUCAAAUUAGCAGAUCUGCAAAUCCUUCUGAAGAUGUUGAGAAAGUUUGUGGAGUACCCAUGGCAUAACUUCUUCCACAAUGUCGUAUUUGAUUUGAUUCAGCAAGUGUUCAACGGUAAGUUGAACUCGUACAAUUCUUUUUUGAUUGUUGAGUUAUUUAAACACGAGAACUGUAAUCUAGUUCGUCUAAUUGUCGAUACUUUCAGGCAACAAGCAGAACCCCAACCUUGCUAUACCGGUCACCUUAUUCUCAUAAGUGAGGAAGUUGUGAAAUUCUCAUCCUUGUAUAAGCCAGGCUUGAUUUCACCGGUAAUAGUUGAGGCAGUCACCGGCGAGGAUUGGGAAUGGUUUGUCGAUAAGGUUCUUUUGAAGACCAGAGAGCUUUACAAUGCGAUUCUUGGCGCAGAUUCUGAGUACGACGAACUCGAAAAUAUGGAAUCAAAUGCACACAAGCGUGAUCGUGAAGAUGAUACAUAUGGCUUUGAUUCCUCUACUGUUGGCUACAUGGAUCUAGAGCCGUACGACGAAGAUCAAAAAAACCUCAUUAUCUUGGGAGACAGCAGCAACCACGAGGAGUUUGUGAACCAGAAAGUAAGCACUGAGGGUGAUGGGGAGAACGAUGAUCACAUUGCAAGGACAAAUUUAGACAAGGUUAGAAUUCAAAGCAUGUCACCAAAAUCCGAAAGCCAUAAUGACUUGGCCAAUGAUAUCAAUGGCUCGAAGUUUGCAGACGAAGCCGACGAGUUGCAAGAGGAUAACUUUUUCGACGAUCUCUCUGGCUCAUCCUCUUCGGAUGAAGACGAUGAUCUGAAUGAAUUACGACGCGUUCCGAAGCAUCACGAUUAA